GUUUUAAGAGGGAAGUAUGUUUUGUAAAGCUACCCCAAUGUUUCUGCUUCGACUACAUAAUUAUCGCACUCCAUAGUAAUGAAUGUAAAUCGAAUAAGUAUUGCCAUCAUUCUGUUGAUUACUGAUGUGGUGAUGGUGAAUUCUUUACAUCUUAGAGGAAGAUGGAAUCCAUCAAAUAGAUAUUUAUUUUUAACUAAAUUUGGUUUUCAACGUACUCAAGUUGAUGAACUUGAAGCGACAAGAGGUUAUAUUUAUGGAACAAUAAGGCUGGAAAAUUCUACAGUCAAUGAAAAGAAUUUAACAGAUAUUGGUACAUUGGUUCUAGUUGACGGAGAAUUUAUUACUGAUCUUUAUGGUAAUGCUACAGAACCAAUGUGGGCACAGAAUAUAACUGGUCAAACUGGUCAAGAGAGUCAAUGGCUUAUGGAAACUGAAAGAUGCAACAGAAUGUUUGCAAAGAUCAAUUCUCUCGCCUGGCAUAAAGUCUGCUCUCCUACUGGAAAAAUGGAUUUACUCCGAUCGGUACCCUGUCCUACUUCUGGACUAUGCAAAGAAGAAGAUGAUCCUGGAAGUGUGGUACCAAAUUCACAAUUUACCUUCAGUGUUCAAGAUCUUCGACAACCACGUUACUGGUAUCUUAGUUUAGUGGCGUGUAAACGUAAUCUUACUACAUGUAAAUGGGAGACUACUGCUAUUCCUCGGCAUAGGGUGAAUACAUCCUCAUCAUUGCCUUCAUCAUCAGCAUCUGCUUUGCAUCAAUCUUUACCAACAAUUAUUUAUGAUAUUUUCUUGGUUAAUGGUGAACCAAAAUUACAGUCUUUCAAUCAAUUUGAACAUCAUUUCUCUUUUGAAACUCAUGGAGUUGCUGAAUUAUUUUUUAUAUUCCUAUCAUUGUAUAUUAUUUUGAAUAUAACAGCACAUGUUAAACUAGCCAGUCAUUUUUCGCUUCACGUGUGCCUCUACCUCAUUCAUCUUUGGUUGGCUAGUCUUGGCACACUAUUGGGUGCUGUUCAUUGGAUUGUCUUUUCAUUUGAUGGUCGAGGACUUGGCCUACUUGCAGAAUUUGGAACAGUAGUAACCCAAUGGGCUGAUUCUAUCUUUUUAGCUGUUUUAAUGUCCACUUGUCAAAUGGGUUUCAGUCCACAAUUUCAAUCAAUUACAUUUGAAUCGUUGAAGAAUGAUUCACAAACACUUGACUUGUUAAAUGCAAAGAUAUUAUCCAAGUUACCUGAUGGAUUCUUACAACUGGGUACACUUAGUCAUAAAUUAUACAAUUAUACUCCUGUUAGUGAAGAAGAUAUUUUUUUCAGGAAGGCGAAAACAACAACUAGUCGAGAGAAAAAAUCUACAUCAUUUUGGCCGUAUGUCAUAUUUCUAGUCGCCUUAUUUUUUGGUGUAAAAACUUUACUGUACAUUUGGGCUAUGUUUGAUCGUGAUCCGGUGAUUGAUUUUUCUGUUUGGAAUACAAUACCCGGGUGUUUAUUAUUAGCACUAAGAUUUUGUUUAGUCUUUUGGAUAUUAGCAGUACUUGGACGUAGACAAUUUAUAGCACAGUUAUGCUCAGAAUCGUAUAAUUUAGAUUUAUGUAUACUGGGACCAAAUAUUAAUACAGUACAAUUUGCUGCUGGUUACCUUUUAUGGAUAAUUAUUUUACCAAUGGUUGUAUUUAUUGCUGAGACAAGUGUUUCACCUUUAUGGAGAAGUAAAACUAUCCUAGUAAUGUGCUUUUCUACUGAUUAUGUGGCUGCUGUUGUAUACGCUUGCCUUUUAUGGCGAUCAAAUUCCCUUUUAGGUGGCGAUAUGACAAAUCAGCACAGUACAUAGUUCCUUCUAUGUGUACAAACAUUCCUUUAAUGGUGAUUACGACACCAUUUUGAGCUUUCAGAUUUCUUUAUCCUUUUUUUCUCCAUUCCCUGUUGUGUUUUCUUUGCUUCGCUAAUAAUAAUAAUAAUACUGAUAAUAGUAAUACUAAUUAAUAUUUGGGGAUUAAAUGUAUGAUCUAAUCUUUUGUUAUUAUUAAUAUUAUCAUCACUAUUUUUCUACGAUUAACAUUGUGUCUUCUUUAGUCAUAUUUAUUGCCAGCGAUUGCCAAUAAUUUUUUCUUCCUCUAUUUUGAGUGUUUAUUGAUUUUUCCUGAAAUGUAUACAUAUAAGUUAACAUUAUACAGUUAGGGUUUGGAAUCAAUAUAUCGAUCAAUAAGUGACCAUUUCGACUGCCUCUUCCUCCUUGUGUUUUCUUAAAAGAAAUCUUUAUGGUGAUGGUGGUGGUGCGUUGGUGUAAGUUAGAUUUGAAAACUUUUAUUUUUUUUUCGCUUUCUUCUAAAUUCCAUUCAUGAAAUAUGCAUUUUUUGUUGUGAAAGAUAUUCAUCAAUGGAAAUGUAUUGUAUUAUAUUUAUAUUGUAUGAAUUUAUAAUUCUCCUUGUGGUUGGUAUCCCUUGCCUUCUUUGCUU